AUGAAAGACCCCAGGAAUGAAAUGGUGAGCGGCUUCACCAAAAAGCACUUCCUUUUGGCGGUGGUGGUGAGUGUGGAGGGGUCGCUAGGAAGGCCCCUGGCACCAGAGUACAAGGUGGGGGGGGCGCUGCCUGCCGACCCCCAAGUGCACACGCCGCCUCUCUACCGUAUGCAGAUCUUUGCACCUAACCAUGCUGUGGCCAAGUCCCGCUUUUGGUACUUUGUAUCUCAGCUAAAGAAGAAGUCUUGGCGGGGGGGGGGGGGGAGGGGGACUGUCUACUGUGGGCAGGUGUUUGAGAAAUGCCCCCUGGCGGUGAAGAACUUAGGCAUCUGGCUUCGCAGCAGAACCCACAGCAUGUACCGGGAAUACCAAGACCUGACCACCGCAGGCGCUGUCACCAGGUGCUAUCGGGACAUGGGUGCCCGGCACCGUGCCCGGGCCCACUCAAUCCAGAUCAUGAAGGUGGAGGAGAUUGCAGCCAGCAAGUGCCUGCGGCCGGCAGUCCAGCAGUUCCACGACUCCAAGAUUAAGUUCCCACUGCCCCAUCGGGUCCUACAUUGUCAGCACAGUCCACGCUUCACCACCAAGAGGCCCAACACCUUCUUCAAGGGACAGAGCCUUCUUGCCCAUCUCUGUCCAAAUAAAUUCAAUAUACCCGGAUAUAAAAAAAAAAAAGAUCUGAGGAAUGUCAUGUUUCCUUGA